AUGUUGCACACUUUGGCAGAGAAUAUUAAAGGUUAGUUAAUUCCACAGAUGAGGAAGAAUUUUUGUUGAUUAAUAAAUUAAUUAUAGAUUGGAAGCGUAAAAGACGGCUUUCUAAAUUCUACAAAGAACAAAAUGCAUUGUUAGAAGGACACAAAGAAGAUUUGAAAAAUCUGAAUGAAGAAGAUGUUGAUAAAAUGGAAAAAGAUGCUCAAGAAGCUAAAGAAAAAGUUUGGGACAGUCGCAUCACAACAAUCACAAUUGCUUUGAAUGUAGUUUUGAUCAUUGCAAAAAGUAUUGCUGCAUGGUUUUCUGGAUCAUUAGCAGUUUUGGCGUCAGUUGUUGACAGUUUUAUGGAUAUCACAUCUGGAAUUGUUGUUUGGUAUGCUUGUUGGAAAAUUGAGAAAAAUAAUCGUGAAAAAUAUCCCGUCGGUAUGACAAAGUACGUUCCAAAAGUUAUUGAAAUAAUAUAUCAAUUAUAAUAAUUUUUCAGAUUGGAACCUCUUACUGUAGUAAUCGUUGGUAUGAUUAUGUUAUUCGCAAAUUUCAUUGUUCUUCAAAGAGCCGUGAUUGACACAAUCGCAGAUAAUGUUAGUUUUUAUUGAAAAACAAAUCUGGAAGUUAGAAAGAUUUUUCCAGUUGAACCCACGAGUUGAUCUCGCCACCUUGAUUAUUCUUUGCACUGGAACGGGUAUCAAAUUUUGCCUAUUUUUGCUGUGCAAAGCAAGAAAAUCAUCAGCUUGUAUGGUGUUGGCAAUUGAUCAGGUAAUUUUUGAUUAGAAAAAAAGAUGGGUUAUGAAAUUGAAACAAACAAGACAAAUGAUUAACGUUGCAUUAAUUUGAACAAAAAUAGAUUGGUUGUAAUUUUUUUCAGGAAUUAUGAGAUUAAAGAUUUGAAAAGUAAUUUGGACAAAGAUAAGAAAAAGAAAGAGUUAAAUUAAAAGACACAGUAGAGCAAUUUCGACUUUCAAUGACCAAUUUUUCAGAGAAACGAUUGCUUGACAAAUGUGACUGCUUUGCUUGGUGCAUGGAUUGGUCAAAAUUGGUGGCAAUACGCAGAUCCUCUUGGUGCUUUCUGUGUCAGGUUAGUCUUUUUUCCUCUCAUUUUGAUCAACCUUUUUUUUCAGUGGUUUCAUCAUUUUCACAUGGUAUCUAACAAUCAAAGAACAUAUUCCUUAUCUAAUUGGACGUAGAGCAGAAGGCGAAUUUAUCAAAAGAAUCACAAAUGUAUGGCAUCAUUUUCCACUCAAAAAUCAGAAAAACAAAGUUUUUUUCAGAUCGCAAUCAACCAUGAUCCAAGAAUCAAAGCAUUGGAUACAGUUCACGCUUAUCACUUUGGAGCCAAUUUUCUAGUUGAAGUUCACGCAGUUUUUGAUGAGCCAGCAAGUCUUCAAAUGGCUCACGAUGUUGCAGAAAGUCUUCAAUGUAAACUCGAAAAACUUCCAUAUGUUGAAAGAGCAUUUGUUCAUUGUGAUUACAAAUUUGAUGGUGACGAGCAUAUCUGA